CUGCGAUUAUUACCAAAACAUGACUUGAUGCUCGCUCUCGACCGAACGCGGGCGAUGCAGGUCACAUAGGGACGAAACUUUGGCAUCAAAAACAGCCUUUCAGCCGGCUCGUUGAGCGUCUGCCAGGGGAAAACUAUGGCCACGGUUGCCGUGCAGAGGCUGCUGGGCGCCCUGCGCGGGCUCGCCGGCUGGUGGUGGGGCGGAGAGGCGAGGGAGACGGUCGAUUUCCACACUUUACAGGAUGCCCUUCUGCAGCUAAGUGGUGUGAUUGACCUUGAUGGGCUGAGGAGAGCGGUGGAGGACGCCAUCGGGACUAUCAUCCCAAAUGUGCACUCCAAAGCCGUCUACCUGCUAGACUUGGAUUCCAGACAGUUGCGUUGCCAUGGUAACACACUACCGGUGCUUCCUGCUGAGGGCAUCAUUCAAGAGGCUGUGAGUGAGCAGCAGUGUGUGACCAGACCCAGCCCCCCCGCUGAAGACCCAGUGUGCAGAAUCCUGCAGCUCAGGCAGGGUGAACAGGACAGGACAGUAAUCUGCUUUCCAGUCCUGGACAGAGAAGGCAGUGAUCUCCUAGCAAUACUGUUGAUCAGCUGCAGCAGACCGGCUCAGCUCCACUAUGACAACCUGUCACUCCUAGGCAAGCACAUUGCUACCUGUUACAGUCGGUUGAAGCAGGUGCAGAUCCAGUCAGGCGGGGCCAUGUCGCACACGCCAGCCCGCAGACAAGAUUCAGGGACCAUCGACACUCAGGCAAUACUACAGCUCUGCGCUGACCUUUAUGAUCAAGAUGCCCCUGCCCUGCAACUGAAGGUCAUCAGAUAUUUACAAAAGGUAACAAGGGCAGAGUGCUGUCUGCUGCUGCUUGUAGCUGAUGACACUGCAGAGUUCUUCUGUCAGGUGAUUGGAGAACAUGUGUUGGAAGAAGAGCUGCGUUUCCCUAUUGACCAGAGCUGUUUAGGUCAUGUGGUAUCCAGCAAAAAACCUGUCACGUUGGAAGACUUGGACUCUAAAGGCAAGGAGGAGCUGCAGUCUUUGGUGCAGCAUGUCCAACUGGGUGAGAUCAGGUCCAUGCUGUGUAUCCCAGUGGAGAGCAAGGCUGCAGGAAACAUUGUGGCACUGGCUUGUGUCUUCAACAAGAGGGACAGACUCAAGUUCAGCUCUGGAGACGCAUCACAGAUCCUGACAUGUUUCACCUACACAUCCACGGUCCUGACCAGCACGCUGGCUGUACAGAAGGAGAGGAAACUCAAGCUAGAGACCCAGUCCAUGCUGCAGAUUGCAAAGAACCUAUUCACACAUUUAGAUGAUGUAUCUGUUUUACUACGAGAAAUCAUGCAAGAGGCCCGGAACUUAACACAUGCAGAAAGGUGUUCCCUGUUCCUGGUGGAUAAGGGGAGGAGAGAGUUGGUUGCUAAGGUGUUUGAUGGAGUUGUAGCAGAUGAAAGUGAGCUGGAAAAGCUUAGGCAGGAGCUUGGACCCAAUCACAGGAGGUUGUCUGAUGUGCGAGUAAUGAACAUGAAUGAGCUGAGGAUACCCAUUGAUCAAGGCAUAGCUGGGCAUGUGGCAACUACCGGGGAGAUUCUAAACAUCAAGGAUGCAUACUCCCAUCCGCUGUUCUACAGUGGUGUGGAUCACAGCACUGGCUUCAGAACCAGGAAUAUACUCUGCUUCCCAAUCAAGAAUGAAGGACACGACUCUGAGGUAAUAGGCAGUUUUCUCAUGGGGGACAACGAAGAAAUUGUCGGUGUGGCAGAACUAUGCAAUAAAAUUAAUGGGCCAUGUUUCUCCACGUAUGACGAGGAGCUUGCGCAGGCCUUCUCUAUUUACUGUGGAAUCAGCCUUGUUCAUUCCUUGCUGUACAAGAAAGUUGCAGACGCCCAACAUCGCAGCAAGCUGUCUAACGAGCUAAUGAUGUAUCAUAUGAAGGUAAACGAGGAUGAGACAGCACGGCUGAUAGUUGACAAGAUCCCAGCGAUCACCAGCAUCCAUCCAGAUGUCUUCGUCUUCAGUUUCACUCCCAGAGUCAUCUAUGAUGACCAAACCACUCUGUGCUGUCUCGCCAUGUUUGAGGACAUGGGGAUGAUCAACAGGUGGAGAAUCCAGAAGGAAACCCUCGUCAAGUUUGUCCUAAUGGUGAAGAAGGGUUACCGUGACCCUCCGUAUCACAACUGGUACCACGCCUUCUCCGUCUCUCACUUCUGCUACCUGCUCUACAAGAACCUACGCAUCGACCAGCUGCUUACGGAUGUGGAGCUGUUUGCGCUGUUUGUAGCAUGUUUGUGCCAUGACCUGGACCACAGAGGAACCAAUAAUGCCUUCCAAGUUUCCUCAAAAUCAGUCCUGGCAGCUCUGUACAGCUCAGAAGGCUCUGUUUUAGAGAGACAUCACUUUGCCCAAGCCAUGUGCAUCUUAAACACUGAGGGUUGCAACAUCUUUGAAAACCUUAAUAAACGGGACUAUGAACAAGCCCUGGACCUGCUACAGGAGAUCAUCCUAGCCACAGACCUGGCACAUCACCUGUCCGCUGUUAAAGACCUGGAGGCCAUGGCUAAAGAGGGAUAUGACAAAUCCAACCCCAGGUGCCACACCCUGCUGACCUGUCUACUGAUGACCUCCUGUGACCUGUCUGACCAGACCAAGGGUUGGGGGACCACAAAGAAAAUAGCUGAGCUGAUCUACCAGGAGUUUUUCCGUCAGGGUGACCUGGAGAAGUCCAUGGGGUACCGCCCCCAUGAGAUGAUGGACAGGGAGAAAGCCUUCAUUCCCGACCUGCAGAUCAGCUUCCUGGAGAACAUCGCCAUGCCUCUCUACAGGAUCCUGGGAGACCUCCUGCCAGGGUCAGAGUGCGUGUUUCAAGCCGUGAAGGCGAACCGCGACACCUGGAUGCAAGUUCGAGAGACCGCCAAACGCAAGCCCAUUACCCACGGCAACUCCUUCGACUUCUUCAAAAUGCUGGACGAGGACGAUGACAACAGUCUGGUCAACAACGGGGAGGGGGGCAAGGCCAACCACUGACAGGGCUAUAUUAUUGUUUAAUAUACACAAUACAUAUCCCCUUACUUUUAUACGUCAAGUGGAGGAAAUUUGGUGGGAGCUGAGCUAACGGAGCUUUGACACCAGUAAGUGGUGCCAGCAAGACAAAGGGAAAUAAUAUCAUUUUUAUACCAGCUCUGCAAGAAAAUGUAAGUGUGCAUGUGUAUAAUGUAUGUGUAAAUAGUCUGUGGGAAAUAUUGGAAGUCAAUGUUUCAGAGAUGGAAAACCAGAUGUGGUUGUACAUGAUUAAACAGUGGUGUCAGAUUGUGCUGUGGUGUCAUCUGCUUCUUGUGUAAGAUUUGUACUUAGCAGUUGAAGAAAAUACUGUCAGUGUUGUAAAUAAAUAUCAUAUUAUACUUGACGGGUUUUAUAGAUUCACUUUUAGGUUUUAAAAAGCACUAUAUGUACCUACGCACUAUGAUGUAAAUUGUUCUACAACUUGUUCUACAUGUAGAAUUGAACGUUUUUUCACCCUGUAAAAAGUUUUAUUUUUGCCCCACUGUUGUCUUGUAUCUAGUAUAUAUAUAUAUAU